AUGGGCGAGAUCUCCCUGUACUUCUUCAGCGUCGCACUGCAUCUUGUGCACAUCAAAGAUCCCUCGGCGUCGGUUCUUGUUCCGUCGCUGUCGGGCGAGAUGCCCGUCGCCGUGGAGGACAGGGGCGGUGGUGCAGUCGCGCUGAUGCUGGCGUCCCUCUUCCUCCUGGGCACAUGGCCAGUUCUCCUGACGCUGCUGGAGCGCAGAGGCCGGCUGCCUCAGCACACCUACCUCGACUACUCCAUCACCAACCUCCUCGCCGCCGUCCUGAUGGCCGUCGCGUUUGGGCAGGCUAGAGAUAGCAGGCCAGACUUCUUCACUCAGCUGACCCAGUGGCGUGCCCUCAGGAAGGGUGUCCCUCACCUGGUGGUCUACACCGCCUUCUUCUACUUCUCGGUGUCGUGUUUCGUGCUCGGAGCCUGCCUCAACGUCUGGCUUCUGUAUCACCCUAUGGCCGGUGUGCCGGCAUCGACCGCCGGAGCAUACGCCAGGGACUGGAACGGCAGGCAUUGGGCCCUCCUAGCAGGGCUGCUCUGUGGUUUUGGGAACGGUUUUCAGUUCAUGGGCGGCCAGGCUGCUGGGUACGCGGCUGCUGAUGCAGUCCAGGCGCUGCCCCUUGUAAGCACAUUUUGGGGUGUCAUCCUCUUUGGGGAAUACCGAAGGUCAUCGAGAAAGACAUUCCUGUUGCUCUUUUCCAUGCUGUCGAUGUUCAUCAUCGCUGUUGCAGUUCUCAUGGCUUCAGCAGGGCAUAGGAAGGGAUUUGAUACCAAUGCUAAAUUCAAUGUAACCAGAUUGCACAGAAGUUCAGUUUAUCAAGACAGUACGCACAACUAG